ACAUGACGCCAUAUUGAAAAUAAAUAAAUAAACAGAGAGAGAGCAAGGGAGAGACAUGUUGUUGAUAACAUGAAAAUAAAUUUUUGACAUAUCAAGUGAUAAAUAAAUAAAUAGAAAAAUGAUUGAAUUUCAAGAAGACACAUCAGAAGAAGAGUUAACAAUUGAUACAUUGCCAAUCCAAUCACCACAAAAACGUCAUAAAAAACACAAGCAUAAAAAACAUAAAAAAAGAAAAAUAAGCCAUGACAAUGAUAUUAUUGAAUCACCAAAAAAAUUUAUUAAAACUUCACCAAUUAAAGAGGAAGGAAAUGAAAGAAAUCGUGAUAGAAUUAUUAAAACAACAACAGCAACAACAACACCUAAUGGAAUUGGACCUGGUACAUCAACAUCACCAAAAGGAGCAAAGAGAAAAUUAUCAAAAAAUGGCAAAGGAAAAGAUAGUGGUACAAGUAGUGAAGAAGAACGAUGGCUAGAUGCUAUUGAAUCAGGAAAACUUGAAGAGGUUGAUGAUGAAUUAAAAAAAAUAAAACCAAAAGAUCCAAAAUUAAUGACAGCAAGACAACGUGCAAUGUUUGAAAGAAAAACAGAUACUGAACCAAAUCCAGGUGUUGAACAAUUGAUGUCAUUACCAACUGGAUAUAAAGAAAAAGUAAUGACUGCUGAGGCUAUACAAAAAGCAGCAUUAAAAUCAUUAAAACGUAAACAAUUAGCUGAUGAAAAACGUGAAAAAGAUAAGAAAAAAACAAUGGAAAGAUUAUUAAAAAAACAAGAAUCAAAAACAUCAAAAGGUAAAGGUAAAGCAAAACGACAAGUACCACUUGUUACAUACAGACUGACAAUUAAUGGAAGUUCAAUUUCAUUACCUCCUGGAGAAGAUUUUUUUAUUACUCCAUCGAAAUCUAAAGAAAUACCAGAAGCAGUUUACUGUGCAAUUGAAUCAUGUAAAAAUUUAAAAAAAUACAGAUGUUCAAAGACAAAUACUCCACUGUGUAGUCUUGAAUGUUACAAGCUAAUUUCUACAAUUUAAUUUACAUUAAACAACAAUUUAAAUAUUUUUUUUAGUCAAUCAAUAAUUGUGUUUCGAUAAUGAUCUAUUAAAAAUAAAAAAAAACAUGGUUUUAUCUAUUUUUAAUUACUGUGGCUAAUUUAUCUCGACAAAGUAAUUAUAAUUAAGAAAUUCAUCAUGCUGACAUGAUGACCUAAAACAUUGUCCUAGAUUAAAACCUGAUUUAAAAAAAAAAUAAGGAAAUAAAAAAUAUAUAUUAGUCUUGAAUAAAAGUCAAUAAAUUUAUCAGUUAUU